CAGUUGACUUUCUUAACAGUCUGGUCUCAUUAGACACAACACACUCGGGAAGAUGAAACACUUUGUAAUCUGGUUGGCACUGUUGUGGUCAAUGCCCUUGCUAUCUGCUGGCAUCUCAUUAUCACGAGAAAUACGGAUUGUGCUGCUGGGUAAAACUGGAGCUGGAAAGAGUUCAACAGGAAACACCAUCCUGGGGAGACCUGCUUUCAAUAAAAGUUCAGGUUUUCAGUCUGUUACUUCAACUUCUCAUAAGGAGAGUGGAGAGGUCAAUGGGAGACGGGUCACAGUGGUGGACACCCCAGGACUAUUUGAUACAAGAAUGACUGGUGCUAAUUUGAAAAUCGAGAUAGAGAAAUGUGUCAAUAUGUCUCUUCCUGGCCCCCAUGUCUUCCUGCUGGUGAUCAGAAUGGAUGUAAGAUUCACAGAGGAGGAGAGGAACACCGUGAAGUGGAUCCAGGAGAACUUUAGUGAGAGAGCUGCAAAUUAUACCAUGGUGCUGUUCACUCAUAUUGAACAGCUGGAUCAGUCAGUGGAACAUACAAUAGAUCAAGAUCAGGAUAUUAAGGAGAUCAUCAACACAUGUGGGGGUGGAUAUCAUGCUCUAAAUUAUCUCAAGAAUCAGACUUCGGUUAAAGAGCUCUGGGAUAAGAUAUACAAAAUGAUGGAGAAAAAUAACGGUGAAUAUUACACAAACGAGAUGUAUCAGGAGGCUCAGGCAAGGAUGAGAGAAGAGGAGGAGAGAAAGCGAGAGGAAGAGAAGAAGAAAAAGGAGGAUGAGGAAAGGAGGAUUAGAGAGGAUGAAAGACAGAUAAUUAAGAAAAAGGAAGAGGAAGUGAAGUUAAAGAAAAAUGUGGGUAAAAUUGCUGGAGGAAUUAUUGGGGUAGCCAUGAGUCUAAUUGGAGGUCCUGUUGCUCCGUUAGCUGUUGGAGCUAUAUUAGGAGGAACAGCAGGACAUUUUUUGGCUGAAGACCUGUUUGACUGGGCAAGUAAUCUAACAAGUACUUUAUUUUUUUAAAUCUAGACAAAGCUCAUGUUGAGGUUUGCAGGACUUCAUUUUUCUGGAACCAAUACCAUAUUCCCCUUUGGCUUACACAAAACUGUAUUAUUAAUUCUAUUGCAAAUAUAUAUAUUGCAUUAUAUUGUAUUAUAAAUUUAAUAUCUAUGUCAUUUUUGAUCCAAUAUUAAUUAUGCAGAUGUGCAAUCCACCAAUGGAAUUGAAAUAGAAAUUGUAAAUAGGACUUAGUGAAAAGCAAUAUUUUGAGGUGCUUUUUGAACAUGUGUCUAAAGCAGGGCUAUUCAAUUAGUUUGUAAUGGGGGCCAGUUCAUGAAAAGCAUUAGCCUGGCUAGCGCCACCACUUCUCAAUGAGACGUGGUCUGGGAACCAAAUGUUCAUUU